AUGAAGCUCACUCCGUCAUUGACAAUGCACAGGGAAGGCCGGACUCGUGAUAAGACUGAUGUCUUUACGCUCAAGUCCAGAAUGUGUGUUAUCCAUCACAGCUGGAUGGAGACCAGUUGUUAUGUCGCGUUUCGUUUAACUGAAGCAUCAACGUGCGUUUGA